AUGGAGGACAGAAAUGCCCACCUAGUUUUUCACUCGUCCUUUUAUGUCCAAUCAAAGGAGCAGGUGUUGGAAGAGAACUCCAUUGAUCUUUGGUUUCUGUCUUUCGAGGUGACUUUCACGAAGAGGAAGUUCGGUCUGAUGAAGAAGGCCUACGAGUUGAGCGUCCUGUGUGACUGUGAAAUCGCCCUCAUCAUCUUCAACAGCUCCAACAAGCUGUUCCAGUACGCCGGCACCGACAUGGACAAAGUCCUGCUGAAGUACACCGAGUACAACGAACCCCACGAGAGCAGAACCAACUGUGACAUCGUCGAGGUGGCUGGUCUGUUGAAACCUACUCUGCUGUUGCACUCUGUGUAA